CUGAACAGAAGCCAUAGAAAAGAAGAAAACAAUAGUCGUCGAUUAGAGAUGUUUGGAAUGAACCAGCUGGCUGCAACAUGCUGGAUCUGCCUCCUGUUCUGUGCUUUCCUGUGUGACCCUGUUCUGUCCAAAGGAGGCCGAGGAGGGUCCAGGGGUUCGUCCCGAGGGUCUCCUUCUCGUAGCUCUACCUCGGGCAGCUACAGGGCAGGGGGCCCUUUUGGUGGGACCCGGUCCCGCUUCAGAGCAGCAGGCCGAUCGUCCCCGGUGCGAGUGGCGGCUGCAGCAGCAGCAGGAGCAGCAGUGGCUUUAACAGCAGAUGGUUGGUAUGCCUCCGCCUAUCGCCGCAGCAAAGCAGACAGCUCAGAGGAAGAGCUGGACUAUUACAACAGGACAAACUACUUUGAUGCACAACUGUCAGGCUCCUGUAAAAGUGCAUACUCUCUUCCUCAGAUGGUGUCUUUUGUUGUUGCUGCUCUGUUCACUUUAAACAGGUUCUUCCAUGGCACUGCACUGUAGAAAUGUUUUACAGGUUGCGACUGUUUUGAUGAUCAGGACCCCUCUGUCUGCCCUGUGUCUUUUCCUUGUGCUGGAAAAACUGUUGAAGUGGACAAUCACAAAUAUGUGAACUGAUCACUGUACUUGUACUGUAUACAUUAUAUAUUUGUUCCAACUGCCAAAUCUGCAUUACCAGCACUGUAUGCAAUGUGCCAUAAAAAGACACUUGCACCUUCACCUAUAUUGUUUUUAUAAAAAUGAAGGUGCCAAAUUCAAAUACUUUAUAGAUCUGUACAUAGUUAUAGAAAUAUAAAGCUGCUAAAUCAACUUAUUUUCAUCAUAUAAAAAAAAACAACAACAGUGCCAUACUGUGUAAGAAAUCACAGAAACAAAAGUAUAAUCCCUGUUUUGGAGCUGUCCCUUAUCCUCUACUUUUGUUGUGAUACACCAAACGCUAUUAUUUUAUUAUUCUUUCUUUAACAAGUUGAAAUAUACAAAAAAAGAUUUUACACACUGUAUUUCAAUUAAAAUCAAAAUGUAUUUCUUGUUCAGAUGAAAAAUAAGAUUUAAGUUUUAUUUAUUCAACCAGUUUAUACAUGUCUUUUACUUGUAUUCACUUUUCUGAAGUGACUUGAGCUUUUUUACCUGCUGAGACACUCAGGUGCAACACUGUUUUCAUAUUUGUAUGCACUUGAAUAUUUGCAAGAGCACUUCUGUAAAUAUAUGUAUGUAAAAACUUCUUUACACGUUAUCACUAAAUUAAAGGCCAUACCUC